UGCACCGUUGGCUACAAUGAGUUCUUAUUGUUGUCAGCUUUUACACUGGUAGAUUAAUCUUUGUUUUCUCAGUAUUAUAUAAUACAUAAAAUAUACCCACUACUAUUGCAAUUUUUUAGGUUCAUCUGAGGCGUUGACCCAGGAAAAUGAAGCAUAAUUUCUUGGCAAUGCAUCAUAGAAUGGCAGAAAUUUUCAUGUACAACAUUGCAGAAAGUGUUUUGAAGAAGUUAGGUUCUCUUGCUGUCCAAGAAGUUAUCUUGGCAUGGGGACUUGAAGCCGAUUGUGAAAAGCUUGAGGAGGUAUUGUCUACCAUCAAAGCCGUGCUGCUGGACGCUGAGCAGAAGCAGGUGAAAAACCACAGGAUCCAAGAUUGGCUUGGAAAGCUCAGGGAUGUUCUUUGUGCUGCUGAGGAUGUACUGGACGAUUUCGAAUGCGAAGCUUUACGGAGGCAAGUAGCAGCAAAUCAGGGGAGCACCAGCAGAAAGGUACGUGGCUUCUUUUCAAGUUCCAAUCCAGUAGCAUUUCGUUUGAGAAUGGGCCAUAAAAUAAAGAAAAUCAGGGAGAGGAUAGUUGAAAUAGCAUCCAUCAAGUCUAGUUUUGAGUUAACUGAAGGGGUACAUGAUACGAGUGUUGAGAUUAGGGAGAGAGAGAUGACUCACUCUUUUGUGCAUGCUGAAGAUGUCAUUGGAAGGGAGGCAGAUAAAGAAAUCAUUAUAGAACAUCUAACGGAGAACCCUAGUAAUGGUGAAAGCCUUUCUGUUAUUCCCAUAGUCGGAAUCGGAGGCUUGGGAAAAACUGCACUUGCUAAGUUGGUCUAUAAUGAUGAGAGAGUAGAAAGAUAUUUUGAGUUGAAAAUGUGGAUAUGUGUUUCAGAUGACUUUAAUAUAAAGAAAUUGAUGGAAAAGAUCAUCAAGUCUGCUAUCAACAGCACAACAUUCGGCGAAAACUAUAGCAGCUUGGAAGUAGACCAACUGCAAAGGGUUAUGCGAGAACAAAUAUCUGAGAAAAAGUAUUUUCUUGUCUUGGAUGAUGUCUGGAAUGAUGACCGCACGAAAUGGAAUGAACUGAAAGAAUUGUUGAGGGGAUGUGCUUAUGGAAGUAAAAUCAUGGUGACUACAAGGAGCAAAGUAGUUGCUUCAAUUGUAGGCACUGCACCAGCAUACAACUUGUCAGGUCUUCCUGAUGAUAAAUGUUUGUCAUUGUUCCUCAGAUGUGCAUUUAAUGAAGGGCAAGAGAAACUGUAUCCGAACCUGGUGAAAAUAGGUAGUGAAAUUGUGAAAAAAUGUGGAGGGGUUCCACUGGCUGUGAGGACAGUGGGGACCCAACUAUUUUUGAAGACUGAUGAAGCUGACUGGAAUCUUGUGAAAGAGAGUGAUAUAUGGGAAUUAGAUCAAAAUCCAAAUGAUAUAUUACCUGCUCUCAGAAUAAGUUAUCAGCAACUACCUUCAUAUCUGAAACAAUGUUUUGCUUCUUGUUCAGUUUUUCCCAAGGAUUAUGAAUUCAACAGUUUGAAGUUGAUCCAAUUCUGGAUGGCUCAUGGACUUCUUCAAUCACCUGACCAAGUUCAACUACCAGAAUAUCUUGGUCUCAAGUACUUGAAGGAGUUAUUCUCGCGAUGCUUCUUUCAAGAUAUUGAGGACUGCUCCUUUUAUUUUGUAUUUAAAAUGCAUGAUCUUGUUCACGAUCUUGCGCAAUCAGUAGCACAAAGAGAGAGCUUAAUUCUCAAGUCUGGUAGGCAUUACUCAUGCAAGAGAGUUAGGCAUCUGACAUUUUUUGAUCCUGAGGUGCUAAGCAAAGAUCCUCGUAAACUUUUCCAUGACUUGGAUCAUGUGCAAACCAUUCUCAUUGCAGGUGUAUCAAAAUCCUUGGCUCAGGUAUGCAUCUCUGGCUUCCAGAAUUUACGUGUGCUUGAUCUGGCUUGGUCUACCUUCGAGGUAUUACCAAGAAGCAUUGGCACGCUGAAGCAUCUGAGAUAUCUUGAUUUAACUAACAAUGUAAAAAUCAGGAGACUGCCUAGUUCCAUUUGCAAUUUACAAAGUUUGCAGACCCUGAUACUUUCUGGAUGUGAGGAACUUGAAGGUCUUCCCAGAAAUAUGAAGUGCAUGAUUAGCCUGAGUUUUUUGUGGAUAACUGCUAAAUUGAGGUUUUUGCCAAGUAGCAGGAUAGGGUGUUUGCAAUCUCUUCGGACUUUGGGAAUAGGAGGCUGUGGCAACCUGGAACAUCUGUUUGACGAUAUGAUAGGUCUGAAUCUGAUAGCCCUUCGGACAUUAGUAGUUGGUGGCUGUAGAAACUUGAUCUAUUUGCCACAUGAUAUAAAAUAUCUAACUGCAUUGGAGAAUCUAACCAUUGCAACAUGUGAAAACCUUGAUUUACUGAUUGAUGGCGAUGUGGUAGACAAUGAACAUUGUGGGUUCAAGCUUAAAACGCUAUCACUUCAUGAAUUACCACUGUUGGUGGCUUUGCCCAGGUGGCUUCUUCAAUGGUCUGCUUGCAGCUUAGAGUCCAUAGCUAUUUGGCGAUGUCAUAACUUAGUAAUGUUGCCAGAGUGGCUGCAAGAUUUCAUAUCACUCCAGAAGCUUGACAUUUUGGGUUGCCCUGGAUUAUCAUCUCUGCCAAUAGGGUUGCAUCGACUUACUUCCCUGAGAAAAUUAACAGUUGAAGAUUGUCCUGCAUUAGCUGAAAGUUGCAAUCCAGAAACAGGAAAAGAUUGGCCCCAGAUUGCUCAUGUUUCAGAGAUCUAUCUUGAUGGCAUCAAAAUUUAAUCAACUUAUUGUCAUGCAUGAAGGAUAGUACGGUGCCCUCUCUAGUAGACUGGAGAGAAACCCUUGAGGGUCAUGCUACCAUGCUGGAUAUUCCUGGGUUGCAGGAGGAGCUGAAGAUUGUGAUGUUGGAGAAUAAAGUUAACGUUAAGGGUGAGUGAAGGGAGGAAGAGAAGAAAGAUGAUCACUGGCAUAGGAUGGAGAGAUCAUGUAGCAAAAUCUAUAGACAAUUUAGGUUGCUAAACAAGACAAUACAGAUUUGGCCUUUCAGCGAAAGCUAAGCUCGACUGGUGUUCUCACAUUGUCUUUCAACAAAUUGUUUACUGAUAAGAUCAAGCGGUCAUAGGGUUGUUCGCUUUGCAGAUUGCAACCUGAACUAAUUAAGUUCAAAAAAGUACUGACAGAACCAGAGCUGUAAAUCUUUUCAAUGCGAAGAACUGUUAUGAUAGAUAAACAAGCUUUUAAGACAAGUCAAUUGUAUCCGGUAGAAUAAAAGAAAGGCUUUUAUCAUCUUGUAGCUUGCGUUCUGUUUAUUCUUCACUGUGUUGUUCAUGUAAUGACUGCAGAGCUUCAUAAACUAAGAUAAGAUUAAUUUGUCAA